UAAAAAAGAGGCAGAGUGGUGCGAGCGCUGGCCGGGCUAUGACAGCCUCCGUGCUCCUGCACCCACGCUGGCCCAAGCCGCUCAUGUUCCUCUACGACAACGGCCUGGAUGACGUUAGUAAGAACAUGGAAGGUUUCGCAGGCAGCAACUUCGCAGCGAACCAGUGCAGGAACCUGAUGGGGCACCCGGCAUCCCUGGCCCCCAGCAGCGCCUACCCCAGCGCCGAGGUGCCAGUGUCCGGCAUAGCCGAGCCUGCCAAGCAGUGCAGCCCCUGCUCAGCGGCGCAGAGCUCCUCCGGUGCCAGCCUGCCCUAUGGCUACUUUGGCAGCGGGUACUACCCGUGCAGGAUGACGCACCACAACACCAUCAAGUCCUGCUCGCAGCCGUCCUCCUUCUCAGACAAGUACAUGGACACGUCCGUCUCUGGGGGAGAGGACUUCCCUGCCAGGGCCAAGGAGUUCGCCUUUUACCAGGGCUAUGCCGCAGGACCUUACCAGCCAGUGCCCGGAUAUCUGGAUAUGCCUGUUGUAUCCACCAUUGGGGCGCCAGGGGAGCCGAGGCAUGAACCCCUGCUGCCAAUGGACAGUUACCAGCCCUGGGCCAUUACCAAUGGAUGGAAUGGGCAGGUCUACUGCGCCAAGGAUCAGUCCCAACCGACUCACCUAUGGAAAUCCACCCUGCCGGACGUAGUUUCCCAUCCGUCAGAUGCCAGCUCCUACAGGCGAGGCAGGAAGAAACGUGUACCAUAUACUAAGGUCCAACUGAAAGAACUGGAAAGGGAAUACGCUACAAAUAAAUUCAUCACCAAGGACAAAAGGCGAAGGAUAUCUGCCACCACCAACUUAUCAGAGAGGCAGGUCACCAUCUGGUUCCAGAACAGGAGGGUCAAAGAGAAGAAAGUUAUCAACAAGCUGAAGACCACCAGCUAAUGUCCGGACUGGAUGGGAGACUCAACAGGUUCUUUUGGAAACGAAUCUAUUCUGUCCAGGGAAACAAAGGUCAUCUCGGGGACCUCUAA